CGCCUGCGCAGUGUGGGCGGCGGGUAGCGCCGAGUGCGAGGCUCUUUUGUUCGUCCGAGGGGAGGGCCGUUGGCCGGGGCCUGCGGUACGCCGCUUCAGUGAGGGGCUCGACUGCGGCCACCGGCUUGUUGCUUUUCUGGGCGCCACUCCCCCGGCCGGCCCGACGCGACGCGCCAUUAGCGCGGCACCGAUUCCUCUCGGGCUCUUUGGCGCUGCUCUGAGCAGCGUCACCCUUUAGACCAGAAAGCUGGCGGGCACUAUGGGGAAGAAACAAAACAAGAAGAAAGUGGAGGAGGUGCUAGAAGAGGAGGAAGAGGAAUAUGUGGUGGAAAAAGUUCUUGACCGUCGAGUGGUAAAGGGCAAAGUGGAGUACCUCCUAAAGUGGAAGGGGUUCUCAGAUGAGGAUAACACGUGGGAGCCAGAAGAGAACCUGGAUUGCCCUGAUCUCAUUGCUGAAUUUCUACAGUCACAGAAAACAGCACAUGAGACAGAUAAAUCAGAGGGAGGCAAGCGCAAAGCUGACUCUGAUUCUGAAGAUAAGGGAGAAGAGAGCAAACCAAAGAAGAAGAAAGAAGAGUCAGAAAAGCCACGAGGCUUUGCUCGGGGUUUGGAGCCAGAGCGGAUUAUUGGAGCUACAGACUCCAGUGGAGAACUCAUGUUCCUGAUGAAAUGGAAAAAUUCUGAUGAGGCUGACCUAGUCCCUGCCAAGGAAGCCAAUGUCAAGUGCCCACAGGUGGUCAUAUCCUUCUAUGAGGAAAGGCUGACGUGGCAUUCUUACCCCUCGGAGGAUGAUGACAAAAAAGAUGACAAGAAUUAAGUCUCCUGAGUACCAGCCCCUGUCACAUCUGACUGUGGGUUUCAAGUGGGGAGGGAAGGAAUUCUACUUGUCUUGGCACCAUAGAGGUGGCUUGAGAAGAUGUCCUUUGAAGAGCCAGUAUCGUUUCUGUGCCCUACAGCAGCCCAAGUGCUUUAAAGCCUUUCCAUGCUGUGUAGUUUGCACACCCAUCCCAGUGGAGGGGAAGGAGAAGUGUUGCAAGGCAGCCCAUUCUGUACUUUGCUGAGAAGGGCAAAGGGCCUUCCGUGAAGGACAGAACUUGCAGAAUGGGUGUGUGGGACAGCAAAAGAUACUGUAGAUCUUCAAAGCGCAUCUCCACAACCCACAGCCUUCUUCCCAAUAGUGUUAACUCUGCAUUUUUACAGCGUAGCAUGUGUGUAGUUUUUGGCUAUUACUGGUGUAUUAUUUGGGGGUGGGAGGGUUGGGGGUGGGAAGGAACGGAGAUGGGUAGGAUCAUUUUUGUUAAAAUUUGGGGCCUGAUUGGGGAAAUGGUGAAACAAUGGAAAGAACAAACUCGUGGUGAUUCGGUUCUGUGUCCAGAAUAUUUUAUCUUUUCAAAAAGGUCAUUGGCAACCUAAAUGAGGACUGUGAGAGACUUCAAAAGCUGUGAAUGCCUGAAACUUAUAAGCCAAGGUGUUCCCUGCCUGAGCUUAAUGCUGUUCCCAGCAGAGGACUAAGCCAGUUAAUAAAUUACCAAAGCUGCCAUUUUGGGGAAGGAAACUGGUUGAAAAGGGAAGGUCUUUUUGGAGCGUAUGCAGAGGCAGAUGGUUCUGUUUUAGAGGUGCUAAUUCUUGAAAUUGAUAAGAAGACCCUUUAUUUUCCAAUUAUGAAGUUUUAAACAUCAGCUCGUCCAUCCAAGCCACUGGCUGAGAUAUUUGGGGAAGGGAAGAGGGUGGCAUAGAAGGUGAGAGAGUAGAAAAAGACAAGGGCCCACGCUCUUAGGGUGGAAAACUCUUGGAGCCUGUUAUUUGAACUUUGAACUCUGAAAUCAUUGGUGGCAGGGUUCAGUCACUGACAGCACAAGUUCACUGAAUCACUUACAGAGCUGAGUGAUUUCAAAAGCCCUGGUCUCAGGAGAAGAUUAAACUUUCAUACUGGGGCAGUGGUUCACUUUAAAACACAAAACAAAAAGUUUUUUUAAUCCUAAGAAUUAACUAAUACCCAAAAUGCUGUCUUGAAUCAAGAGAUACAUCAGUUCUUGACAUCGUCUAGACCUGUAUCUAGAACUCCAUUGUAAAAUCUUUUUAGGCAUGUGUUAGGUUUCUGUGAAAACUUUGUUUAAAUGUAAACUUCAUAUCACAUUGUCAGUUUUUGUCUUAAUAAAACUAUAGAUUUAUAAUCGUUGAUUUCUGUCUUGAUUAAGUACUACCAAAAACCCUCCUUGCCUUUCAUAACCUUGUAAAUUCAGCCUAUAAGGAAGCAACUUCCACAGUUGGUUUUAUUUCGUGAACACUGUAAACUUAAAAAUCUCAUGCCUGCCUGGCCUGAAUCUGAGUGGUCUUAUCAUUUAUAUAGUAAAUAUUUAUUGAACACUUACAAUUGCUACAGAUACUGUGUAAAGAGUGUCACAUCAUUCUGUCUUCAUAUUGCUCAAAUGGUUUAUUUAGCUCUCUAACCUGCUAGCACUUCCAAACUAGGAUAAGUUUGGAAACGUGGGUUUUUGAGUUAGGUUUAGUUCUUGGCUCAUGUAUUUUGUAGAUUUAUGUGACCUUAGCUCAACUCCAAAGUUUACAGGAAUUGGCCUCGUGUUUGAUCACUGAAUUAAAUAAAACGUUAUCCUUUUUUUUUUUUUAGUUUAUUUAUUUUGAGGGAGAACAAGCAGGGGAGGGGCAGAGAGAGUGAGAGAAUCCCAAGCAGGCUCCCCACUGUCAGCACAGAGGUAGACGCAGGGCUCAAUCCCAUGAACUGUGAAAUCAUGACCUGAGCCAAAAUCAAGAGUCUGACGCUUAACUGACUGAACCACCCAGGCACCCGUUAUCUGCUUUCUUCACAGGUUUUCUGCCUAUGAUUCUAGAGCCAAAAUGGGACUACACCCUUGUUAUUUAUUAAAAGGGAAAAUGGGAUCUCCACUGAGCUCAUCUCAGCUCUACUCACUAGUACAAAGCAUUUGUUCCAAAUAAACCGAUGUGUAAGUUUUUUUUUU